GAGGGGGCUGGGUCUCCUGCCUUACCCCUAUCUCUUUACACGACUGCCAACCCGUCUAUAGAGUUAUUCCAGGAAUGUGUUGAACAUGGCUGCCGCGAUGAAGGCACAGAAAACUGGACUGUUGGAACUUCGAGUUACCGUGGACCGUUGGAUUCGUGUAUUAGCCACACUUACGGAGGAGACUUUAACCGUGAGCCCCGGAGAGGUCGCCGAAGAACCAGUGAAACCCAACCCAACUCCCGCCGGUGACAUUAAUGGAGACCCAGCCAACCUCAGCUCCUUUCCCGUCCCAGAAACGAUCACCAACGUUAAGCGCACGGUGAGAGUUACAAAGCAAGAUGUGGGAGGACUUGGAAUUAGUAUUAAAGGUGGGAAAGAGAAUAAAAUGCCUAUUCUCAUCUCGAAGAUCUUCAAAGGGUUGGCUGCUGACCAGACGGAGGCCCUGUACGUGGGUGACGCCAUCCUUUCGGUCAACGGCUCUGACCUCCGGGAGGCCACACACGAUGAUGCCGUGCAGGCUCUAAAGAAGACGGGCAAGGAGGUCAUCCUAGAGGUGAAAUACAUCAAGGAGAUGUCAGCCUUCUUUAAGAACACCUUGCCCGGUGCACCCCUACCCUGGGACUCCCCUCAUGCCACGCCACAGAAGGGCGCAGAUGCCCCCCCUACUGAGCUGAAGGAGGCAAGGACCAUCCCCCUGAAAAUGUGCCAGGUGACCAGGAAGCAGUGCCCCCCGGACACAGAGAACAGGUACUUUGAGGUGAUCUCGUCCAGCAGAAAGAGCUCCGUGUUCCUGAGGGCCAAGGACCCUGCCAUGGCCCAGUCCUGGUAUAACGCCAUCCAAGCCGGGGUUUCGGCCCUGGUGCCCCGAGUCAGGGAUGAGCUGAGGGCCAUGCAGGCGGGCCUGGAGGUCAAACACAUGGGAUGGAUCACUGAGCAGGCGACCCAGGGUCCAGAGAGACCGGUGCUGGCUCUGCUGACUGAGAGAGACCUGCUGCUGUACCCCACCCUUCCUGACAGUAAAGACGGCAUCAACAGCCCAGCCAAGAGCCACCCGCUCAUCACAACUCGACUGGUCCACUCAGGACCGGGGAAAAGCUCUCCCCUGCUGGACUCGGAGCUCUCCUUUGGGCUGCGCACCGGCACCAAGCAGGGCGUGGAGACCCACUUGUUCCGGGUGGACUCGGCCAAGGAGCUUUCAGCCUGGACCCACAUGCUGGUGGACGGCUGCCACAACGCUGCCGAGCUCAUCCAGGAGGUCACCACAGCCUGUAGCUGGAACGGGAAGGAGUGCAACCUGGGAGUGCACAUCGACGAGGGCUUUAGCCUGUUCACUGAGGAGAUGGGCAUCAGAAAAACGGUGCUCCUCCAGCAACCGUUCGAGCGUCUGCGCAUGUCCUCCGAUGACGGUGUACACAUGAUCUUCCUCGACUUUGGAGGGCCAGAGGCGGAGAUUCAACUGGACCUCCAUUCCUGCCCCAAGACCAUGGUGUUCAUUAUCCACUCCUUCCUUUCUGCUAAGGUCAAGCGGCUAGGCCUGUUAGCAUGAUAACAGAUUGACCUGCAACCCCUCUGCCCACCCUGAAAAACCACGGAAGCGUAUUUACACGAAGCCAUGACUCUAACAUUAGGAGGAUGUGAUAUCACUACAGAGGACAUGUCACCACUCUGUUUUAAACCGCCACCAAGGGGUUACAACAGACAGCAUCAAAAUUCAUGACGGCUUCUAAAUUUGUUACAGAAUUUUCAAAUGUUACCUGCACUGUUUACUGAUUGAAUUAUUCAGAGAGGUUUGUGUUUUAUCAUCCUAAAUGUACGUUACUUUUUUGUUUUGGCCGCCAUUUUGAGAAACAUUAUUUUAUGUCUGCUAUUAAGGAUGUUUUCCAAGUGCUGAUUCAGAGACAUUUUGAGGCUCCCUGCAUUUCUUCAGUAGAUUCAUAAAUGUUUCCCAUAGCCAAUAUCAACAUGAAGAUAAACUAUAUGUCAUAAAGCUGAUUUUAAACUUAACCCCUAAAUGGAUUAUUGCCACUGUUAAGUGAAAUUACUAAACAAAAACCCCACUCUCCAACUAACUUGAAUGACCUUAUGCAUAAGAGUACUAUGCCUUUGUAUCGAUACAAUAUAUACAUAUAGCCUUAUAGCUGUAGGUGUUUGGACCUAGAAACCUACAGUGCCUUCAUAAAGUAUAACAUUUUUUAAAAACUUGUUCCACAUUGUGUUGUGUUACAGCCUACAUUAAACAUGGAUUAAAUAUUUUUUUCUCAUCCAUCUACACACAAUACCCCAUA